ACUACACCUUCUGAGAUGGAAGUGUGAGUGCUGUUCAAUCUCUACAGAGAAAGAGAGAAGUAACAAGUUACUGGAGUUUUAAAUAGCAUUAGAUUUCUGCAGUAACAUGUUAUCUUACCGCUACAAGUUUUCCAAUCUAUUGGGAACUGUUUACAGACAUGGUGACAUUAUCUUCUCCCACGAUGGCAAUACAGUCAUCUGUCCCGUGGGCAACAAAAUAUCUCUUUAUGAUCUUCGCAACAACCGAUCUCACACUCUUCCUAUUGAGGCUCGGUUCAACUACACCUCAUUAGCACUUUCUCCCAAUGGACUUAUACUAGUUGCUGCAGAAGAGGAUGGUGAGGUGCACAUCAUUAAUCUCAACUUCCGCAAUGUGCUGUAUCGAAAGCGGUUCAAUCAACCAAUCAAGAGCAUUAAAUUUAGUCCUGAUGGGAAGCACAUUGCUUUAACCAAAGAAAAUGCAGUGUUUGUGUACUGUGCUCCGGGCACCAACAAGCGAGUGUUUGAUCCGUUUGUUAUGGAGAGAGUCUUCCAUGGUGCUUAUGAUGACACAACUUGCUUGGACUGGUCUUUUGAUUCCAGGGUUCUUGCAAUUGGUUCACGGGACAUGACAACACGUGUUUGUCCCUUCGGGAAAUUUAAAAAUCUGCAAGAAUAUUCCAUUGGUGGCAACAAAGACACAGUCAUUGCUGUGUUCUUUGAGGAAAAGACUUUAGGUUUGUGUACGGUUGGUGCAGAUGGUGUUGUUACCAUGUGGAACUGUAGUGUUGAUCCUGAUGGUCUAAUCCCUGAAGAAGAUCCCUAUAAGGCCAAGGUAAAAGAAAAAGAGGAGGAAGAAGAUGAUGUUCCUCCCACACAAGAAGAAAUUGAAAAGUUGAAAAUGAAAAAAAUUAAAAGUGAUGACUCCCAGUCGAUUGAGAGAAUAUAUUACACACGUAAUAUCCGGCUCUUCUUGGCUCAGCACUUAGCCGCCGCUCAACAAGUGCGUGUAACUGCUGCUCAAUAUCAUAAGUCAACUCGACUGUUAGUUGUUGCAUUUGGAACGGGGGAUUUUCUGUUGAUGGACAUGAAUGACAAGGGUGCCUUAGUGCACUCACUAAAUAUAUCUAAACAGACAAUCACAAGUGUAGCCAUGAACCCCAGUGGUGACUGGAUAGCACUGGGGGUGUCAUCAUUGGGACAGCUUGUUGUCUGGGAGUGGCAGAGUGAAUCUUUUAUCCUCAAACAACAGGGCCACUUCAACAACAUGAGAGUUGUGAUAUACUCCCCAAAUGGAGAGAACCUGGCAACUGGUGGUGAAGAUGGAAAGGUUAAGAUGUGGUCAACUUAUUCUUCAUUUUGUUUCGUGACAUUCUCGGAACACACAGCAACAAUCACUGGUCUUACAUUUACGCAGAGUGGUCGGGCCAUAAUAUCUUCCUCUCUUGAUGGCACUGUGCGAGCAUUUGACUUGAUCCGUUACCGGAACUUCAAAACAUUGACAUCACCACACCCAACACAGUUCUCCUGUGUUACUGUCGACAGCAGUGGGGAGUUGGUCGCUGCAGGUGGCCAAGACAGUCAUGAUAUUUUUCUCUGGUCUUUGCAGACUGGCAAAUUAUUAGAGGUACUGAGUGGCCAUGUGGGACCAGUAGUAAGUGUUCAGUUCUCAAAGGAGCCGGGCAGCACCAUGAUGGCUUCAACAGGGUGGGAUGGCACAGUCAAAGUCUGGGAUGCAAUUGCCAACACAACGGCCAAAGAAACCAUUGUACUGUCUUCAGAUGGUCUUUGUGUGUGUUUCCGCCCUGAUGGAAAACAGAUAGCUGUAGCUUCUAUGGAUGGGCAGAUCACCAUGUUCAAUCCAUCAACUGGGCAGCAAGAAGGCAACAUCACUGGUAGAAAUGACCUGGGUGCAGGCAGGGCUGAUGCUGAUAAAAUUACUGCUAAAAAGAAUCUUGAAGCAAAAGCUUUCACCUGCUUGUGCUACAGUUCAGAUGGCAAAUGUAUACUGGCAGGUGGUCAGAGCAAGAAUGUCUGUAUAUACAGUAUAGAAGAUGAACUCCUUAUCAAAAAAUUUGAAAUCACACAAAAUAGAUCAUUUGAUGCUAUGGAUGAAAUUAUUAGCCGUCGUAAGAUGGCAGAAAAUGGAAUCAAUCUUGCACUGAUUGAAGAUAGGGAAGGUCUAGGCAGUGGAAAAGGAGUAUCCAUUAAGUUACCUGGGACAAGACAUGGUGACAUGGCUUUGAGGGCCUUUAGACCAGAGGUCCACAUUACAUCUCUCACAUUUUCCCCAACAGGGCGGAGUUGGGCAGCGAGUAGCAGCGAAGGACUUUUAGUGUAUUCACUUGACAAUGAUUGGCUCUUUGAUCCACUCAACCUAGACGUCUCCAACACGCCCUCAGCUGUUAAGAACAAAUUGAAAGAGAAAGACUACAGUACAGCUCUAAUGAUGGCAGUGAGGUUAAAUAUAAAGUUAUUGAAGCAGGAGGUUAUUGAGACCAUACCCUUAAAUUCAAUUAAUUUAGUGGUUAGCAGUCUGCCACAAAUCUAUGUAGAAAGGGCUCUCACCUACCUGGCUGAGGCCUUAGAAAGCACACCUCACAUUGGUCUUUAUACUAAGUGGGUCACAUCACUUAUCACUCAGCAUGGCCAGACCAUGAAGGCUCGAGCACCACACAUAAUGAGCACACUCAAUGGUAUCCAGAGGGCGCUGUCUACGCAUCAAACAAAUUUAAGUAAAGUAGGUAGCCACAAUGAAUACAUGCUGAGCUAUCUCUUAGCUCAGGCAUCUUUGAGGAAGAAACGGGGACAUGAAGACUCUCAGGAUGAAGACGAAGGAAACAGCAAACUUGCUCAUAUGUCAUCAGAUGCAGAAAUGGAGGGAGAAGAUCGACUAGAGGACAUGUUUGAUGAAGAGGAAGUUGAAGCAUGAUAUCACCAUCAUGUAUUAUGAAAAUUUUACAUAGAACUUUUACUAGAAGGGUUGUUUUUGUAAGAGUAUAUUUGUCUAUGCAGUAUAUUACAAAUAAACACUACUUUUUUACUGGAAUACUUACUGUAUUAAUUUUAAAAGAACCAAAUUAAUUAUUUGUUCCUUGAAUAAAAUACUGGACAGAUAUUCAA